AUGACCGAAGAAUUACAAAACUUUCCAGAAUCACAAGAAUCAAUGGAAAUCGAACAAAUAGAUUUAAGUGGAAGCACCUUAACAGAUGAUGCCAGAUAUACAGAACAACAUGAUAUAGAUUAUACAGGGAGCCUUGUUGGAUUUACUGCCGCAACUUUAGAAGAAAUUUUUGAAGAAUAUAAAAAACAUGCUUUUGUGAUUGGAUUUGGUGUAAGACAAUCAACAACAAGAUACACACAAACAGAACCUAAAAAAGUAAGAGGAAAAGAUUUUGUUUGUUCAAAAGAAGGUUUCAGAGUAAAACCAAAGAACCAAAAAACUCCUACUCCUAUUCCUGGACAAAAACAGAAGAAGAAAAGGCAAGUUCCAAUCACCAGAACUGGUUGCAAAGCAUUCAUCAGAGCAAAAAAGAAUAAAGAAGGUAUGUUUGAAGUAGAAGAACAUGUCAUGCAACACAAUCAUGAACUGACAAGAAGAGAAUGGCAGCAUUUACAAAGAUCAGAGAGAAAAAUAACAGAAGAUAAGGCAAAAGUUAUAGACAUAAUGGCUGAAAGUGGACUAAGACCAGCAGAAUCUUAUUGUUUAAUGGCUUAUGAAGCUGGUGGUGAAAAUGUAUUAGCACACACAAUGAAAGACCAUUUCAAUUACAUAACAAGAAAGAAAAUAAUGGAGAUUGAAGGAGGUGAUGCACAAACUGGCAUAGACAUAUUAAAUCAAAGACAAUAA